AUGGGCCGCACACCGCUGACGUCACCAAACCGGGACAUGAUUGGGCACGUGGACCGUGUGUCUGAACCAAUCACCGCCACCGCAGAUGAUGUCAUCACGAGUGUUGCCACCAGCUGGACUGAAGGGGCGUGGUUUGUGUGGAAGCACAGACUCAUGCUGAGACAUCCGUGGAAAAAUUCCCACGGAAACAGCGCCAUCUGCUGA